CUUCUUGAAAGCUAUUAAUUUAUGCUCUUCAUUCCCAAUAUUAGGGUUUCAAUUCUUGAGGCUUCCCGCAACCGCAACGAUAUCAAAGCCCGGAAUAUCAUCACUCCGUGUUGAAGAACAAUUUUCGUACAGUCCUGGGCAAUUUCUGUUGAAGAAGGCUUUGUUGGUGUUUUGAAGCUUUGCCAAUUUCUGUGAAUAACUUGGGCAUGGCUGUGGGUGAUGAUAUUAUGAUUGAAGGUUCGGUUUCUUCUCUUCUUCUCAAUUCCUUGGAGUCCAACCAAGAUGCAGGUUCACUUUCUCCUGAAGACGUGGCCUGGGUUGACUCCUGCCUGAUUAAAGAUCCUGAAGUUUCCGAUAGUGACUGGAAUUCAUUGAAAGAUGCCUUACUAGAAAUCCUCAAUGUUCAACCCAAUGCUCUUGGCACUUCUGGAGCUGGAAAUGUUGUUUUUCCAAGCAGAGCAGACAUGGAGAUGCUUCCUUCCAAUGAUGAAGCAGAAAAUGCUCUUCUGCCAACCACAGAUGAUUAUCCCAUUCCUAUAAAUGAAGUGGAAGAAAACUGUGAUGACAUUCCGGACAACCAAAAAGCUCAUAAUUUCCGAUCCCGAGCUUACUUGGGAAAUGUUUUUCUCCCAAGUUACAACGAGGAGAAUCAGAGAGAAAGCAGAAAUACCGAUUUGAGUUCUUUAGGAGAUGAGAUAGAACCAUCAACUGAUGAUAUCUUCAAGGUCUGGGACUUGGAAAUCCCAGCUGAGGAAGAUGAGCUCAUUCAACAGUUGAACAAGGCCCUCACAGACAUUUCCUCACCAUCUAUACCUGCAUCAUUUGAUGAUUUGGGCAAGUGGAAAGAUUUGAAAGGGGAACUACUUGAUGAUCUCGUUUCCGGCAUUGCAGACUUGUCAUUGGAUAAAAAAACUGCUUAAGAAUAUUGUGUUAGAAUCAGAUAUUAAGAUGUGUUUAGUCAGUUUGCAUAAUUUAAGUUCCACUAACGAAAAGGAUCCACCACGAGUUGCAUUCUGGGGGUUAUAAUCUUAUUUCGAUAUCACUCUGGGUUUUAUGUUGA